AUGGCGGAGGGGAACGUUGCAGAAGGAGCGGCGGAAACGGGUGGGAGAUCGGCGGAAAUCGAAGGAGAGGGGAAGGGGGCGACAGCGGAACUCAGCAACGAGGUCGGCGAGGAGGCGGCUCACGGGGGGAGUGGGAUGGUCGUUAUCCUCGACAAGUAUCGACAUUACAAGACCACUGGCGAUGCGCUGCACGCCGCGCUCCUGCCAGCGAUAUGGUACCCAGUCGAUCCCGACACCGAGGAAGGCCGAGAGAAGUCGGCGUCCAUGCUGUCCGCGUUGAUUGGCCGCGUGUCAAUGUGCGCUGCGUAUGGGAAGACCGCUGCGACAGCGGCGAGAAAGGAGGGAGACAGCGACGAGAAGACGGAUAUGGCGGCAUGGGCGUUAGGAGCAUCCGCAUGCGCUGUGUGGUGCUUCGUUGAGAAUGGCGAUGCCCAGGUGGAGGAUGCUGUGGAAGAAGGGAAGGCGGCGGCGCUUGUGGGCGGAGCGAGCCAGGCGACCGCCGAUGUAUUCGGCAAAGUCAUGGAGGCGGUGCUGAACGCCGAGAUCAACAGGGACCGCCCCCUGGGAGAGGUUGCUUACAACGUCGCGCCAGCACUCAAGAGGACCGCCCUUGACAGGGCCUAUCCGGGGGUGGAUGCCGGAGUCGAUGCCGACGUGAUCGCAAGAGCGACGGUCGAGACGAUGGCGUUCUGGGGAAUGUGCCCCGUCGCCGGGCCGAAACUCAAAGCGAGGGGCAUCGCGGUGCCGAUUGACGCGCAGAUGAAGGCCGAUAUCGACAACAGGGGGAGAAAGGGUCAGAGGGGCAAGAAGGCGACGAAGGCCAAGGGCGGCACGGAGAAGAAGGGGACGAAGGGCCAGAAGGCGAAGGAGUCGGCGUAG